CAACCCUUACGCUGACUGGACGUGGCCUCAGUUUGCUCCUGCGAAACGGCGCGGGACGUCUUUCUCACGGGAGCCAGGAAGAUCCUGACGCUGCGUGAGGCAACGGAGGAAGAGCCUUUCUUUGAGCAUCCUUCCUAAUCCUUCUCUUCGAAAAUGACCAAAAAAUCCAAUCAGGCGGCAGUGAGGGAGGGAGGAAGGGCCUCGCUGGACGACAAAACCAACCCGGACAGAAAUCAGAACGACUCCAAAGGAGGGUCGUCCGCCGGGAAGUACCAGCUGCGCCCCCGCUCCCUGCACGCUCGCCGCCGCUGCGACGCCGACUGGAACAUCCAGGACAAACGGAAGCCGAAGUCACGGCCGGCGCCCCUCUCGAAGUACCGCAGAAAGACCGCUAACACGCGUGAGCGGCACCGCAUGCGGCAGAUUAACUGCGCUUUCGAGAAGUUACGCGAAAUGCUUCCGCGGUGCAGUGCCAGCCGCCGCGGAGCCGCUUCCGACAUGACCAAGUUCACGACGCUGAGACUCGCCUCCGCCUACAUCAAGGCGCUGCAGGAGAUCCUGGACGCCAACACGCGGCAGGACGCCCCGGGCGAGGUGUUCCUCGACAGCCACGCCGCCGUCGCCAGCUCGGGCCGCCAGGACAGCUGCUCGUGGCUCCUCCCGCCCAGCCUGGAGGACGACGCACCCUUCUUCCAGGAGCCGCAGCUGGAGCUCUACCCCGACAGACCCGUGAGACUGCCGCAGCACCGCCAGGCCGACGACGGCGCCGUCACGGACUCUGAACUCGCAUCCCUCCUCUGCGACUCCUCGGACUCGGGCGUCUUCGAGGACAACCUUGAGUCGUUCUCGUACCUCUCGCCGAUGUACGGGCCGGAUGAGGUGGCGCUGCUGCUGCUGGAGGCCGAGACGUCGUCCUCGUGGUCCGAUCUCACCUACACGAAGUUCGCCAUCUCUUAACGCGCGUCUUUGGAAACGCAGUGGAAUCACUCGCACGCCCCUGUGACUGAGGCUGACGUUCUCCGACGCUGAGUUCGAUGUGCUUCCUUGGAUGGCACUUCUGCUGCAGAGGCUGAAGAAGUGGCAUGGUGAGAAAUUCUGAUAAAGAUUCUACGAAGUGAAUGAUAAAAGAAAUAAUCAGAUUUAGGUUAAUGUGGUGCCAGUGUGUGUAAAAUUUCCCGAUAUCUCACCUUUUCGAAUUCGAGGAAAGAAAGCAUGAACAGUAGACAGUUACGAUACGAACUAACUACAAGCAUUAGAUAUGAAUCUGAGAUACAAGGAUCAGAUAUGAAUAUUAGCGUGGAAGAACUAUUACGAAAUAGAGAGAUUUAAAGAGAAAGAAUAUGGAGAAAACAUGUAGUCUUAAAUUUGUACAUUGUACAGCGUUAGGAAAUGAUAUGAAUGUGUUUUAAAUCUAAUAUCUAAGUUUUAAGUGUCCGAACAGUAAUCUUAUCACCUACAGAAACGAGGUAACCUGAACCUCUCCAACUUUCCUCAAGGAAUUUUUACUACCUUCAUCAUCAGUUGGGAAGAUUUACGAAGUGUCUUCAAUCUCCAGUGAACGUCUCGCUCUUUUACUGAAGAGGGGAAACCAUGAGCACCAAGCAAUGAUGGGGAAAAUGCAAUAUAGUUUAUUAGUGAUUAUGAAGAUGGUAAAAUUACAAUUCUACUCCAUUUUCACCUUAUAGUGACGAAGAUGCACUUGACAUAUUUGUGAUGACUGGCGAAAGCUCGAUACUAUGCUAAUUAUAAUCCUAUGAUAAUUGACUUGUGGAUGAUGAUAAUUAGUUGAAAUAUGAUUAUCAUUCAUGUUGCAUUGAUUCAGUUAUCACUAUCGUUUCAAGUGCAUAUUCGCCUGGAUAACGAAAAUAAAGAUAAAGAUAGAAAAUAUAUGUAAAAGGAUAACGGAGUAUAUAUCACCUGUCUUGGAUUAAUAGUGAAGAUGAUUAAGGUUUUGCGAAGUAUCCCCUGACAUGUUUUUUGUGUUUUUUUCGGAAAAUCAUGAAAGAGACGAAAUAGUUAUUUUUUGUUUAAUAUUCAUUUCAUUCCAACACUUCAUUAGACUCAUGUCAAGAUGAGAUCAAUUUUCUAGUCAACGCCCUUGUGCCAUAUGUAGAUUCCCUUUGUUCAUUUGACUUUAAGAUUAUUCUAUUUCAUUUUUUUGUAUAUAUACGGUUGCAAUAUCAUCUGAUUUAAACAUUUUGUUUGUUUUGGAAAAGGAGAAAAUACAUAGCUUUUUAUAGGAUGAUGUUGAACAUCUUACUGAUAUCAAUAAAUGAGUUUUCUACA